AACCGGGGGCGCUCAACAGAAGAGAGGGGGAGGCGAGGCGGAAGUGCGGGCCAGCAAGGAGAGGGGAGUGCCUUGGAACAGGCCUGAGGUCUCUGACCCCUUGGCUCCUGCACCAUGGCCACGCUGAGCGUCAAGCCCAGUCAACGCUUCCGGUUGCCAGACUGGCACACCAACAGCUACCUGUUGUCCACCAAUGCAGAGCAGCAGCGAGAUGCCUCACACCAGAUCCGCCAGGAGGCCCGAGUCCUCCGCAACGAGACAAACAACCAGACCAUUUGGGAUGAACAUGACAAUAGGACUCGAUUGGCAGAGAGAAUUGAUACUGUCAACCGAUGGAAGGAGAUGCUGGAUAAGUGUCUGACGGAUUUAGAUGCUGAGAUCGACACCCUGACACAGAUGAAAGAGUCAGCAGAGCAAAACCUGCAGGCCAAGAACCUGCCUCUGGAUGUGGCAAUUGAGUGCCUGACCCUGCGGGACAGUCGGCGUGACAUUGAUGUGGUGAAGGACCCCGCAGAGGAAGAGCUGCACAAAGAGGUGGAGAUCAUUGAAGCCACCAAGAAGGCCUUGCAAGAGAAGAUCAGCCAGGCCUUUGAGAAGCUCUGCCUCCUACAGGAAGUCCGACAGCAGCUCAACUCUGACCAUCGGGGCAAAAUGGAGACAUUGGACAUUGACAAAGGCUGCCUCUCUCUCAACCUCAAAUCUCCAAACAUCUCCCUGAAGAUUAAUCCCACACGUGUCCCCAGUGGCUCUUCCACACUCCAGCAGUGGGAUGACUUCAGUCAGUUCAACAAGAACCGGGCAGAAGCUGAGAUGAAAGGAGCCGUAGAGCUGAGGGAGGCCAUCGCCCUAACUAUUGCUGAGACCAACAACGAACUUGAAGCCCAGAGAGUUGCAACGGAAUUUGCCUUCAGGAAGCGGCUGCGGGAGAUGGAGAAAGUGUACAGUGAGCUCAAGUGGCAAGAAAAGAAUACCUUGGAGGAGAUCGCAGAGCUGCAGGAGGACAUCCGGCACCUGGAGGAGGAUCUGCGCAGAAAGUUACUGAACCUGAAGCUAUGCCACACCCGGCUAGAGACCAGGACCUACCGUCCCAAUGUGGAACUCUGCCGGGACCAGGCACAGUACGGCCUCACUGACGAGGUUCACCAGUUAGAGACCACCAUUGCCGCCCUGAAGCAGAAGCUGGCGCAAGCGCAGGAUGCUCUGGACGCCCUGUACAAGCAUCUGGCCCGGCUGCAGGCUGACAUUGCCUGCAAGGCCAACUCCAUGCUGUUGGACACUAAGUGCAUGGACACCCGUCGGAAGCUGACUGUGCCUGCUGAGAAGUUUGUGCCGGAGGUGGACACUUUCACCCGCACCACAAACCGCACCCUGAGUCCACUCAAAACCUGCCAACUGGAGCUAACCUAGGGAGGGGGCUGAGGGAG